AUGUUUGGCGACACAGCCGCAGAGAAAAUGGAUCCUCUCAUCCUUGCCGCCCACCACAACCUCACUGCAAGUCGCCUCUGCCGCCUUCCAGAGGAACUCUUGUUGGAGAUAAUGUGUCUUCUCUUUGACUCGGAUCGGUCAAGCCUUCAAUGUCUCCGACGAACAUGCCGUCUUUUCCUUCGCCUGUAUCACUCUCCCGAGUUCAGCAGUUGCCAUGAUGUCCAAGACCGGGACCGUGACGACUCAUUGUCAAUCAAAACAUUUGUACCAUGGUACGGACCAGAGCCACAGUGCAGACCUCAGGAGCCUCUCGAUGUGUAUCUCGAGAGGGAUCUAGAGCAAUACUGUCAAGAUUGCCGCCUCGCUCGCACGGACCCUACGUGGAGCGUAAGGAUUGCAUCCCUGACGGAGGAAGUGAUGCAUUGCUCGGGGUGCGGGUACGACCACCCACGAAUCCUUUUCUCCGCCAGGCAGCGCAAGACGCCAGCCCAAAAGCGGAUCUGCAUCGGCCGAGAAGGUUCCAUGAGAAUAUGCGAGCACAAGUUCAUUGAAUGGCAUGAUGUGUCUAAGAUGGUUUCCAGCAUCGAACGAUCCAAAAGUGACCGGUUUGUCGAAAUCAGACUGCACGGAUGCAACCAUGUCAGCCAUCAUCCAAGACACCACGAGUGGCGGUCACCAGAAACUCUCAAUCAGCCAUUCUGCCUCAGAGCUGUUGUGACCGGAAGUGAGAAGACCUGGAUUGAUCUUCGUGUAAAGUGGCACGGGCAUAUGGACAUGUCAAAUUUCCCGUAUUCCUACACAGGAGAUGCAAGAGCAGCGACACCGACGGCCCUUUGUGCAAGGCUUCGAGAGUUCCGGAAGUGGGCACCUCGCUAUAUUGCACCCGAGUUGCCUCCAGGUGUUUUGCCCGAGAUGAACUUGCUCGAUCCGAAUUGCUGCGCCUGCCUACAUUACGAGGGAGCCGGGCGAUUACCACCUGGAUGGGUACUUACACCAGUACACGAACUAUACUGGCUGGCUUGUCGAACGGAUCCUAGGCAUCGUUUACAACCUCUGCGUCAAGAGCAAACAGGUCAAGAGAACGUCUCCAAGAAGCCUCUUACCUCGGCCCACAUGACAUCGUUACGAUACCUAAGCUCUGGAAAUCGGGUGCUUUCCAAACUCGAGCUAGGUAUUGAGGGAUGCCAGGGCGGCGGUCAGUGUCUGCAGAUCCAGUAUGAGAGGCAUAUUUUGCUCGAAGCUUUAGAAUCCGAUGGUCACCGAGACGGUUGUCCGACCUUGGCAUGGUGUCAAGCUCUUGAUCCGGACUCGUACAAUCUGACUGAUGACGCAGAGAGCUUCGGGGUAGUCUGGUGCAAGCAGGUCGGAUGCCGAAACUAUUAUCGCUAUCUUAGAAAGCCGGCGGUGGGCCUCAAGUCAGUGAACCAGGAGUGUCGAAAAGCUUGUCCAAGCUAG